CUGCACCAUCAGCACACACGGAGUUCCCGCAAUUCAUGCGAAGUUCCAGCACCUAACGCAAGUAUCAUCAUGCAUCCCUAGACGAGUAAGGACCCUAGAACAUCCACGACAUGCCCUUCCGAGUGCGCCGCAGUUGACAUCCUGCUCAACAUCCGUUCUCGACUCAGAAAAUGGCAGAGCCAGGAUUUCCCUGGAGCGCCCAAUCGCGAGAUCCAGAAAAAGAAGGAACUCUUCCUGCGAUCGAUUCAAAUGUCCCACAUUCAGAAGAGAACAAGCAGGACAGUGUUUCAAGUGCUGGAAACAGGAACAAUCCUGCUACACAACAUCCCCAGCCGAGAAAGACCAGCAAUCCGCAGAGUAAGCGCCGGGAUGGGUCUUUGAAGGGACCUCAACGAGCUAUACCACCUGCUACAACUGGUUUGGUCGAUUCCACAACAUCAAAGAGUACAAAGAAACCAGCAACACCACUUCCAGUUCGGACUAUUCCUCCUUGGGUAAGGGACGCAGAAGAAAGCGACCUAGAAGACCCUCAAUUUCUUGCUCCCGACUCUCCAGAAGCUGCUCUCGUCGCACACCACAACCACAGCCCAUCAACCGCUGCACGGCCAAACGUACAUGGCAAGCAAACGCAAACCAAUGGACAUGUGACGUCUGCAGGACACGUGCGACCUGAGCGGACUUCAAGAUGGAUCUCAUUUGCUCGUGCAAGUGCCUACCCUCGCGAGACUUUCAACGGUGAAAAGGUGGACACUGAUUAUCUCAAUCAGCAUUUCACUGACUACUCGAGGCCUUGGUUGGCGGGACACGAGGACGAUCUGGAGGAUGGCAGCAGUCGAUACCACGCAUUUCGCCGUAAGAGGAAGGCUUGGUACAAGAGGGCACAAUUCACCAUCAUGCGGAACCCUUUUAUUCCUCUCGCAUUCAGAUUGACAACCUUCGUCUUCGCGUUUGCGGCCCUCGGGCUGGGCACUUCCAUAUACCAUUCGACAAACAGGAUUGCUAAGUGCAUCCACCAGAAUCCGAGGGACAAAGAAUGCCGUGACCUAGUUGGCACAGGCCCUACCAACUACUACCAGGAUCCGUCUGGGUUGAUGGCCCUGAUCGUCGAUGCGAUUGCGGUGGCCUACAUCUUGUACAUCACCUACGACGAAUACUUCUCCAAGCCGCUUGGCUUGCGACCAGCCCGUGCCAAAGUACGGCUGGUUCUCCUUGAUUUGUUCUUUGUCGUGUUUCAAUCAGCAAACCUUGCUUUGAGUUUCGAGUCCUUGACGGUUGAUCAAGGUGCAUGCAAGGUGGGAGGUGCACCUCUGACCUCUCCCAAAUUUGACGACGUAUGCUCUCGUGCACGAGCAUUAAGUGGUGUUCUGUUGAUUUCGUUGGUUGCUUGGUUGAUGACCUUCUCUAUUAGUGUAUUGAGGUUGGUAGAGAGGAUCGAUACGAAGUGACGAUACAAAUAGGAUGGCUGGUCCUUUUCGAGCCUCAUCAUGGGAUACUUGUAGCAAUAAUGAUGACCGGAACGACUUUCCUUCCCCAUGUUCACAGUCAGAAAAUGCAGCACCUGAGAUGUAUCGCUAGCCUCUUCCACUUCCAAACGAC